UUUUUAUUUUAUUUUUAAAUUAUUCUAAAUUUAAAAAAAAGGAUCUCUAUUAAGAAUGUCAUUUAAUAAUAAUAACUUCAGAGGACAAUCUAGAGGCAAUAGAGGAAACUUUAAUAGAGAUUCGGAAGAUGAUUUCAAAUCAAAACUUACAUCACUCAUUGUUAGAAUUGGUGAUAAAGCUACAAGUAGUUUAGAAUCAAAUAUUGAAGCAUUAGCUAAUGCAUUAUUAGCUGAUAUUCCAAAGCAUGGUACUUUAAUUCAAGAUAUUUUAUUCAAAUGUAUUUCACAAUUAACUUAUAAAGCACCAGUUUAUGGUACAUUAGUUGGUUUAAUUAAUGCUAAAAAUUUUGAAUUUGGCAAAGAAAUUGUUUGUAGACUUGUAGAUGAAAUUUUAAGUGCAUUAAAUAAAAAGAAAUUCAUCCAAGUUAAACUUUUAAUUAAAUUUAUACCAGAACUUGUAAAUGCAAAUGUUUUAAGUGUUCAAUCAAUUUUCGAACUCUAUGAAUCAUUAUUAUCAAUUCUCAAUACAUCAAGUUAUACUCAAAAUAAAGCUGAUUUCUUUGUUUAUUUAGUUUUAUUAACCAUUCCACACAUUGGCGAACUUUUAUCAAAAAAUCAUUUUGGUCAAAUAAGUGCAGUUAUCGAAGAAUGUGAAUCAUAUGUAGAAUCAAGAUCAACUAGUGAUAAGAAAUUUUAUCAAUCAUAUAAUAAUGGUCUAAGUGAUGAUAAAUUAGAAACCCUCUUUAAACAAAUUAAAAAUCUUAAAAAUGAUCCAGAAAAUCCUUGGGUUGUUAAUUCAAUUUUAAAACCAUGGAAGAACUUUACCGAACAAUUACUAAACCCUGAAGUUCAACAACAUAUUUUACCAACAAUUAAUUUUACAGAUGACGAUUCAAUCGAAUAUCCACAAAAUUUAAAUAAACCAUUAUUCAGAUUAUUUAAUGAAGAUCAAUAUAUAUCAAUUGAAAAAUCAAUCGUUCAAGAAUAUAUUUUAGAUAUUUUAUACUUUUUCAACUCUGAUCACAAAGAAGCAGCUAAAUUUAUUUAUUCAUUACCAGUGCAAUUCGAAAUCGAUGAUGUUGUAGUUGAAACAUUAUUUGGGGAAAUGUUUUUAUUACCAGAACCAACCUUCAAAGUUAUCUAUUACAGUGUAAUAUUCAUCGAUUUCUUCAAAUCACAACCAUCAGUUAUUCCAGUAUUUGCCUAUGCUAUCAAUUUACUUUUCGAAAACAUCGACAAAUUAGAUUUUGAAAUUAUGGAUCGUUUCGCUUUAGCAUUUGCUCAUCAUCUUAGCAACUUUGAUUACAAAUGGAUUUGGAGUGAUUGGGCACAAGCACUUCAACCAAUUAACCCAGAGAACCCACCAAUGGUCGAAGGUGCCACAAUAGAAGAUUUAAUUAAAUUACAAAACCUCAAGAUUAUCUUUAUUAAACGUGUAAUUCAAUCACUUUGCCGUCUUUCAUAUUUAGAUAAAAUCAAACAAAACUUACCAGCUGACUACCAUCAAUACCUUCCACCAGCUCCAAAUCCAAACUUUAAAUUCCUUUCAUCUGAAAACCCAGAAGAAGAAAAUAAAGAGUUGGUUAGUCAAUCACAUAAACUUUUACUCUCAUUCAAAACUAAAGAGCCAUUAGAAAAUUUAAUUCAAACUUUCUCUGCCAUUCCAUCAAGCAUCAAUUGUGUCGAGCUUUUAACUAAAUGUAUUCUUCAAAUUGGUUCCACUAGUUUUUCCCAUUUAACCUAUGCAAUCGAAAGAUAUCUCACCCUCUUUAAAACAGUAUUAAAAUCUCAAGAUGAUCGUCAAGAAUGUCUUCGUUCAAUCUUUGAAUUUUGGAAAUAUUCACAACAACACAUUGUUAUUGUAGUCGAUAAAUUUAUCACCUUCAAAAUCAUCUAUCCUAUCGAUACUGUCACUUGGUUCAUGAAACCCGAAAACAUCAGUCGUUUCAUUACCGAAUCUUUCACCUGGGAAAUCCUUCACAACUCGAUCCAAAAGACCAUUAUCGUCAUUGAAACUCUUUCUUUAGACCUCGAAGAAAAUCAAAGUGAAGAAAAAGAAUUUAAAUUAAAUACCUCAAUCAGCGAACAACAAUUAUUACUCUCUGAAUUAAUUAAAGGUAUUGGCUCGAUACUUUCAAACGAUAAAAAUUCUCUCAAUGACUCUUCAAAACUUUUAAUUGCUGGUCAAUUAAAAUCUAUCACAAGAAAAUACUUUACCCAAAUUAAACCAGUUUUACAAUCACAACCACAAUUAUCAAAUAUUAUUAAUCAAUUUACCCAAUAAUAAUAAAAAUCAUAAAUAAAAAAAUAAAAGAAAUCUAAAUAUUUUUUUUU